AUGGCAUCCGCCUCUGAGGAAAUUACGCCCAAGAUGGACCAGCGGUCGGACAAAUCGGUCUCGCACUCAGCGAGCGACGUUGAGAAGCAGGCCGCUCCCCCCAAAGAUGAGCUACAGCGCAAGCUUUCGUCCCGACACUUGCAGUUCGUAGCUAUCGGUGGCACAGUAGGAACUGGUGUCUUCAUCGCCAGUGGUGGCUCCAUCGCUACUGCUGGUCCUGCUGGAGCACUUUUGGCUUACGUUUUCGUUGGUACCCUGGUCUACUCUGUCAUGCUCAGUUUGGCUGAGAUGGCUACCUACCUACCCAUCUCUGGUGCAUUCACACAGUAUGCUGCUCGUUUCGUCGACCCUUCGCUAGGUUUCUCUAUGGGAUGGAUUUACUGGUUCUCCUGGUCUAUCACAUAUGCGCUCGAACUCACAGCCGCCGGUCUUAUCAUCCAAUGGUGGGACUCGGACCUCAGCAUCGGCAUCUUCAUCACCAUCUUCUGGGUACCGAUCACGGCUGUUAACUUUUUGCCUGUCGAUAUCUUCGGAGAAUUCGAAUUCUGGUUCGCGCUGAUCAAGGUCGUCGCCCUUGUUGGCUUCUGGAUCUACGCCAUCUGCAUGAACGCAGGUGUUGGUGCGCAAGGCUACAUCGGCUUCAAGUACUGGGACUCCCCCGGUGCUUUCGCCCCUUACCUGGCCGAAGGACCUGUUGCCAAGUUUGUCGGUUUCUGGGCCGUUCUCAUCCAGGCCGGUUUCGCGUACCAGGGUACUGAGCUCUGUGCUAUCGGUGCUGGAGAGUCCGCAAACCCCCGUGUUACCAUGCCUCAAGCCAUUCGCAAGACUUUCUGGAGCAUCUUCACCCUUUUCGUUUUCACCAUCUUCUUUGUCGGUAUCCUGGUCCCAUACGACAACGAGGCUCUCCAAAUUGGUGACACAAACGCUGGCUCAUCGCCCAUGGUCAUUGCUUUCCAACUCGCCGGUGUUUCCGCCCUUCCUGAUAUCUUCAACGCCAUUCUGCUUACCGUGGUGCUUUCAGCCGCCAGCUCCAAUGUCUACUCCGGCUCUCGUAUCCUUGUCGGUCUUGCGGAAGAGAGGUGUGCCCCUGCGUUCCUCAAGGUCACAAGCAAGCGAGGUGUCCCAUACUGGGCAACUGCAGUCACUGGUGCCAUGGGUCUGUUGGCCUACAUGAACCUCAGCGCCAACGGUGGAGAGGCGUUCAACUGGCUCCUCAACAUCGUGUCAGUCGCGGGUUUCAUUGCCUGGACUUGUGUACUGGUCUGCCACAUUAGCUUUAUGCGCGCACUUAAGGCUCAAAACAUUGACCGCGACACCCUCCCCUUCAAGUCAUGGGGCGGCCGUCCUCUCGCCAUCUACGGUGUUACUUUCACCGCCAUCAUCACCAUCACCCAAGGUUUCACCGCGUUCGUCCCGUGGAGCACUGAAGACUUCUUCAUUGCGUACAUCAGCUUGAUCCUUUUCGCCGUCCUUUACCUUGGCCACAAGAUUGUUACCAGGAGUAAAUUCAUCAACCCUGCCGAAGCCGAUCUUCUUACUGGAAAGUUCGAGGAUGAGAUGAGCGAGACUUGGGAAGAGUCAUCUGCCUCAGGAUGGAAGAAAAUGAUGAACAAGUUCUUAUAG